AUGGGGCCGUUCAGUGAUCCGUCAGCGAAAAUCCUCAUCGAGCGCGUAUCGCGCUGCAGUCUCUCACGGCACGAGAACGUUCAGACUCUUCACUUGGAGCCGAAGGACGUGGCGGAAGCUACACCCAAAGACCCGUUCACUGCCUUGAGAUCACCCUAUUGCACUGAACAGCCGACGCCAUGCGAACUUGAGAAGGCAAAGGACGUCGACGACAACCGCGUCGUGAAUAUCUGGGACCGCCGGUGGUUUGGACUUGUGCUUCACAGCGUCGCGAUCGGAAUCGUCAGUACCGUCCUCCCGCUGUCUGUCUACCCGUUUCUAACAUGUAACCUCAACAUGGAGGGCACCCAGACCUUGUCAGCACGUACGCUGCUGGGACUACCAUGGGCGCCCAAGCCCAUUUUCUCCAUGUUCAUCCAGUGCUUCCCCUUUCCAAGCGGCUUUCGAUACCGCUUCGUCAUGCACCUCGGCUGGCUCGUCACCGCUGCAGCUUUGCUUGCCAUUUUCUUCCACGACCAGCCACCACCUUAUUUCCAAGACCGGAAGAUAGUUGGAACGCCGCUGGACGAACUCUCGAGUCAAGACAUGAGCACGAUCAACUUGGAAGCUCCGUCUCAUGGAGCGUUUUACGUCAUGAUGAUGUCCGUGGCUUCAGUAGGGUACGUGCUGGCGGACGUGGCUGCUGACGAGCUGAUCCGUGACAUAGGAUUGCAGCAUUUCGGCAGGUUGGACACUCCUUUGAAUGAACAGGAUGAGGUCCUCCAGACAGUCAUGACCAAGUACCGGGUAAUUGCUACGCUCGCGUGCUUCUUGUUCAUGGGAGUUGCAAUGAGCGGAUGGGACUAUGGUGGAGACUUUGACUUCACGCUCGAGUAUACGCAAGUCAUGCUCACGGUGGGACUAGUGGCUGUAGUGCCUGUGCUCUUCCUCAGCUUCACGUCGUGCGAGUCCGCGUGCGAACGGCACUCACUACGCCAAUCACUUCGUGAGACUUGGGCAGUCCUGAACGACUGUCGACUGAACUACGUACUGUGCUGCCGCUUUGUUGGCGGCAUUUGCGCUGGUGUGAGUGCAACAGCCGUGAAUCCAAUCGCGUUCUAUUACGCCGGUGUGCAGCCUCUCAAUGAUACCGUCGUCUCGUUCGUCGCUAUUCUCUUGGUUCUCUGUGCUCUGAAAUGGGUCAGCACCAAGGGCUGGGACGUGGAUUACCGGGCCGUCAUUGUUGCUGGCACAGUCGCGACACUUGCACUGGAUUUGGGCGCGACGAUGUUCACGAUCUGGAACGUCGUUCGGAGUCAAUGGCUCUGGAUCGGUUUGCCCGUGAUGGAAGCUAUUCCGUCGGCUUUGGACUACACGAUCACGACGGUGAUUCUGACCGAGAUAGCGGAUCCCAAAGCCCAUGCUGCCGUAAGUGGACUCGUGAUGAGCGUGUCAUUUGUGGCUAGUCCAAUGGGUCUUGUAGUGUCAAAGUACAUCGAUGCGCAGUUCGACGUGACGAACCAGGACAUUAUGACGGACACGACGGAUGUGCGGACACAGAUCAUGGGGACGUUCUUCGUUGCCUAUGCGACGCAGCUCCUGGCCCUGCUUUGGCUGUUGGCUUUGCCUAAGAAUGCGAGCGAGUCGCAGUCAAUGGAAGCUGGUGGCAGCACGUCAACUGGUCGAGCGGUGCUCUUCUUAGCACUACUGAGUGCGAGCUUCCUCAUUGUUGUUGCAGUGCACGCACUUUCAGUGUAUGCACCGACAGCAUGUCUGGCUAUAGCUGGCGGCAAGGGGUGCUAA